AUUGUGAGCAGAAAAAGCGUCGGGCACACUGCCUCACUGUUUUGUUUUGGAAAAUAAUAUAAUACAAUUAUUAGGGAAAUGGAAAAGCUAGAGGCUCUUAAAAUAUCCUCUAUGCGUCCGCGUAGUAAUAUCCUGGAUAGACCACUGUCUAAGGGCAAAACGGAGGUUUCGCAGAGUAUUGUGGCACUGCUCUUUAGUGAAAUUGUUCAGUACUCGCAGAGUCGAGUGUUUACCGUGCCGGAGCUGCAAACAAGACUUCAUGACUUGGGUCAAGAUGUCGGCACUCGAAUUAUUGAUCUGUAUUUUAUGAGGGAGCGUAGCGGAAAGAGGGAAACCAAAUUGACGCAAAUGUUACUCUUUGUGAAGACCACGGUGUGGAAGAAUCUCUUUGGGAAGGAGGCGGAAAAACUAGAACAUGCCAAUGAUGAUGAAAGGACAUACUAUAUCAUAGAAAAGGAACCUCUGGUCAAUACAUUUAUUAGUGUGCCAAAGGAUAAGGGAUCUUUGAACUGCGCUAACUUCACGGCUGGCAUUGUUGAAGCUGUGCUUACGAAUUGCGGAUUUCCCUGUAAGGUCACUGCCCAUUGGCACAAGGGCACCACGUACAUGGUCAAGUUUGAGGACUUCGUCAUUGCCCGCGAUAAACAGAUGGAGGAAAAAUAAAUUACGUUUACUUAACAUUA